UUCCGGCCUAUAUUUCAUGAUGGUAUGAAAAAAUGGAGCUGUUGCAAGCAAACAAGUCAUGAUUUAAGCUUUUUUUUGGUGAUUCCAGUGGUCACAGGGGAGACCUUUGAACCAAAUUGUGGCGUAAAUUUUCUUUAUUCUAGCAAUCAUUUAUCAGAUCAUCAUCCUGUUUUCUUCUCCCUUAUGCAAUGGAAUUGUUGUGACAUUCAUGUUAAGGAAUUUGAUGAGUUCCUGAGCGUACCUCCAUUCACAACAGGUUGGCACAAUGCAGAUACUGUAUGGACUUUGAACAACCCAAAUUUCCACCCUGGGAUUUGA